CCCUCUUCCAACACUUACCAGGAAGAGACUGACUUAUUAUUUCUCUUUUCUGUCAUUCUGACUCUCUUCUCUCUUGACAAAAGCAAUAAAGAAUCAGCGAUCAGUGGAGAACGAAGAGAAACACUUUCAAGAAGGAUUUUUGAGACAUUUGUUUCUGAACAGACAGCAGAUCGUUGUGAUUCUCAAGGUGUUUCAUUUUUAAAACCGUCGUUCAGAAAGCGAAAGUAAAGUUUAUAUUGCUGGAGCUCAAACAAAAUGGCUUCACUAAAUGUUUCUGCUGAAGAACUUUCUUGUCCCGUGUGCUGUGAAAUCUUCAAGACUCCUGUUAUUUUAUCAUGUAGUCACAGUGUCUGUAAAGAGUGUCUUCAACAGUUCUGGAGAACCAAGAAAGCUCAGGAGUGUCCUGUCUGCAGGAGAAGAUCCUCAAAUGAUCAUCCUCCAGUUAGUCUUGUGUUAAAAAACUUGUGUGAGUCGUUCCUGACGAAGAGAAAUGAGACGAGUUCAUCAGGAUCUGAGGAGAUCUGCAGUUUACACAGUGAGAAACUCAAACUCUUCUGUCUGGAGGACAAACAGCCUGUGUGUUUAGUGUGCAGAGAUUCACAGAAACACAUCAGUCACACAUUCAGACCCAUCUGUGAAGUUGUUUCAUCAUAUAAGGAGGAGCUCAAUACAGCACUGAAGUCCUUACAGAAGAAACUUCAACACAAUGAAGAAAUGAAAGGAGAGUUUGAGAAAACAGUUCAACACAUCGAGUCUCAAGCUGAGCACACAGAGCGUCAGAUUAAACAGCAGUUUGAGAAGCUUCAUCAGUUUCUCAGAGAUGAAGAAGAAGCUACAAUCACUGCACUGAGGGAGGAAGAGGAGCAGAAGAAGCAGAUGAUGAAGGAGAAGCUGGAGGAGAUGAACAGACACAUCUCAGCUCUUUCACACACAAUCAAAGACACGGAGGAGAUGAUGAAAGCCAAUGACGUCUGCUUUCUGAAGGAGUUUCCAGUCUCAAAGGAAAGAGUCCAGAGCUCACAGCCGGAUCCACAGAUGGCUUCUGGAGCUUUGAUUCAUGUGCCGCGUUACUUGGGCAACCUGCCGUUCAGAGUCUGGAAGAAGAUGCAGGACAUCGUCCAAAACACUCCUGUGAUUCUGGAUCCAAACACUGCGAGUCCAGAUCUCGUCCUGUCUGAUGAUCUGACCAGUGUGAAAGACAGCGGGAUCAGACAACCUCUUCCUGAUAAUUCAGAGAGAUUUGACUGGUAUGAGUGUGUUCUGGGUUCAGAGGGGUUUAACUCAGGAACACACUGCUGGGAUGUGGAAGUUAAAGAGAGUAAAUACUGGACUCUUGGAGUAACUACAGCAUCAAAACAGAGGAAGGGACGUGUUUUCUUCAGCACUGAUGUCUGGAGUGUGAAGUAUAGUCAGUACGGAUGGACUCCAGGUCCUGGUUUUCGUGUCAAACAGAAGCUUGAUCGUGUGAGAGUGAAUCUGGACUAUGACAGAGGAACGGUGUCAUUCUCUAAUCCUGUAACUAACACACAUCUACACACACUCACAACCACCUUCACUCACACACUCUUUCCAUUCUUCAGGUGUUUUGACUCUCUGAGGAUCUUAGCGGUCAAUAGUCAGUAAUCGUUACUCCUGUAGGUCUGGAUCUUCCUGCUUUCAUCAUGUUUCCAAUAUUUAAUCCAGAUCACAUGAGUAAGAGUGCUGUUGAUCUGAAUAUCAGUACGGUGGCUGUGAUUGGACCAUGAUGGUCACAUGACUGAUAUCAGCACUACAGCAACACUCACACUCUCAUAUUUCAUAAAACAGAUCAAUAAACAACAAGUUUAUUUAAUUAGAGUUUAGAAGAAGUUUAAAAAGCACUUUACACAAGAAGAACAAUUUUUUUAGACCAUUGUAGGAUAAUGACCUGAUUAUUUUCAGUAAAGUUCAUCAAUUUGCUAAUUUUCACAUAAUUAUAUAUUUUUUUUCUAGAAACUGAACCUAAUUCUACAGUUUCAGUGAAUUUGUAAAUGAAUAAUUGUUUAUUUCAGAACAGAAUUUGAUGAUCUCUAGUUUUAAAAGUUUUGAACUACAGCAUCAUUCAGACACACAGACAUUGAGAAUCUCAACAAUGACGAUCAAAAGCUUCAUGCCGCAGUGCAUGUUGGGAGUUUUGUAUGCUGGCACCCAGCAUGCAUUGCAGCAUUAAGUUUUUGAUUGUCACCAUUUCUGAUGUGUGAAUGAUGCAGAACCUCUGAAUGUGUUAUGUGAUGAUGAAUCAUCAUGAUUGUGUGGGAUUACAAAUUUAAGAAUCUGUUUAAGAUCUGCUGAUCCUACAUCCUGACAUAACCUCACAUGAAAUACUAAGGUGAAGUAUAUUGUAUUUAACAUUUUGAGGUAAAGAUAAUGACAAUUUAAGGAGAUCAAGGCAGGCAGCCCAGGUGUCUGUAACAUUAACCUUUUGUCUUCAUGCACUUCCUGACCAUUUGGCAGGACAAGCUCAAGAUACAGCGGUGCCUUUGUCUCUAUGAUAAUGUAAAGGUAUGGGUGAUACUGUCAGACUGAGUGGAUUAGCACCUAUGCAUUUGAAUGACACCGUUAUGCUGAUUAGAUCAUGGCUGGGAAAUGUAGGGAAUGGGCUGAUUCCUGCACUGCAUUUGCAUGCUUUGUUUAGAUUGUCUCCACCUCUACUCUAUGUAUCCCUCCCCCUUGAAUGUAUAUAAACUACAAUGUACACUGCCUUAUUUGGACUUGGAUGACUACAGCAACGCACAGCGCGUUUCUCAGUAAAGAGUAACUUCUGCUUGAAAGAUAUCCCAACGUCUCCUGGUCUCUGCUUCGACGAGGAAAAAGUUUCCUACAGUUUUGGUGCCAUGACCCGGAUAGAGCUUCUCACCUCAAUCCUGAUUGAAACUUCAAGCACAACAAAGAUCUGAUCCAAAAGAAGAUCCAAGCUGAAUUUUCCUGUACACCCAAGGGUUGGUGAGUGAUACUCUAUCCAAAAGAACCAUUAAGACCAGUACAAAGUUGUUAUCCUCUGCGCCGUCAGAGAAGAGUUAACAGACAGCUGUAGGGUUUGGUUAACUAAGUUACCCUCUAAAAAUGUUCUUUUAGAGAUGAAAUUUAUCCUCUGUUCAGACAGGGAAGAUUAGCAUUACGUGCUAAUAUUGGUUUAUCCUCUGUAAAGUUAGGGAAGUUUUAUCCUCUGCUUUAUAAGGGAAAGUUGUUUAUCCUCUGUUUAAUCAGGGAAGGUGGUGUGUUAACAGAAUAGUAACAGAAUAGGAAAGUUACAACUGUUACAGUGUGUAAGCAAGUUGGUUCUACUCUGCUCACCAGAGAAGGCUGAAUAUAUUACGAUGUGUAUUAACUAGGAUAACCUCUGCUCUGUCAGGGAAGUGUUGAAGUGUAUUGUUGUGCCAGAAAGACAUUACAAAAUGUUGAGAAAGAACGCUAGACUAAUUCCAACAACUGAGAAAGGUGGACUAGCUACCCCUUUAUGGACAGAUAGUGAGUUCAAAUCAUUGUUAGGAAAGCACAUGGACUCAAUAGUGACAGAUUGGAUUUGACAAAGAAAUUUGGGAUUCAUCCAGAAAAAGUUUGGUCUAUUGAAGAAUGCAAAAAGGUACUUGGUGCUUGUAUUCGGAAGAAAAAUAUGAAGGGCAUUAUCUGCUGCCACAGAGAAUUUACUCUAUCCAUUGCACAAGAACAAAUCCAACGUAUUGCUAAGUUAGAAGAGCAGAACAAACAGUUGCACACUCGAGUGUCUCGUCUCACGCAGAAGUUGGGCCUUAACAAAGCCUCAAAAAAAUGUGACUCAAAAGACCAACAGUCAGAUGAAAGCUAUCCUGACUUAGAGUCUUUCUGUAGACUAGAGGGCAAUAGCAAUACUGGAUUCAUGGAUAAAGAUGUAAAUGCAGUUGAAGUGUGUGGAGCGAGACAAAAGGCUCAGAGUAGGGUAAAAGGUGUUGACACAGUUACAUCUGUAACCCCCAUACUCCAGUUACAAGCAGUCAGUACUGCUCUAGGUCCUGAAGACAUAGAAAGACUUGCUGAGAGUUUGCCAUCAGUGCAGAGAAAUUUUUCUGAGUUUAGGACAGAGUUGUCUAGGAAAAUGAAGCUCUAUGAUAUGUCCCUAGCUGAAGUCACCCAGCUAAUGUCACAAAUCCUGAAAGAGUCAGAAUUCAGUGAUUUUGAAAGUGCUGUAAAUAAUUCUGAGUUUCAGCAUUCCAGCAAAGGUGAACUGAGAGAAGGAGUUCUGAGAGUGUUACAGAACCUUGUUGGACCAAAGGUGGACUGGUCAAAGAUCACUAGUUGUGUACAGAUGAAGGAUGAAACUGUAAGUGAGUACACUGAAAGAUUUUGUCAGUCAGCUGCAGCAUACAGUGGAAUAGCAGACACUCCAGAGAAGGUGUUAGAGGAUAAUGGACCACUGGUCCGCAUGUGGUUUGAUGGGCUCUCAUCAGAAUACAAAAAUGCAUUGCCUUUCUUAGACUUCACAUGGUCCAAUGGAACUCUGCAAAACAACUUAGAUCGGUUAGCUAUUUGGGAAAGAGACUCGGAUGUCAAGACAAGAGUAAAGAUUGCAGCAGCAUCCUUUAAGGUCAACACAGAGAAUCGACAGAAACGUAAAUGUCCUAAGAGAGAAGGCAGUUGUCAUUACUGUGGUAAACCUGGACAUUGGAUGAAAGAGUGUAGGAAAAACAAAAAGACAUUUAAAGAAAUGAACAGCUUUACUCAGCUCCUACUCAGUCAACUUGCCACACUGAAACUGCCCCUCCCCUCUUCUCCAAACUCUUGGAGCAACAGUUUACUGACAUGCUAACCAUUUGGGCUGUGAGUGCUUAAUUUCCCCAGUAAUCUACAAGAAAGCUGAAAGACUCAUUCUGAACAAAAGAAAGUUGACUGUCACUUCCACCAUUUGGGGUACACUGGUUAAGUACACUCACAGUCUUAAAUGUUAUGCUACAGCACACUCCAUUCACUUAUCCAUCCUCUGUGGGUUACGAUGUCUGCUAUGACUGAUGUUUCAUUGGAAGAUGGAGAUGUAGCACAGUAAAGUUUACAAAUUAACUACAGGGAGAGAAUAGGACACACAGACCAGUGAGGAGCCCAGGGAAGAACCGAAGUGCAACAGGCCUCGGGGGCCAACCCUGUGGUGAAGACUUCCUCAUAGGUUUCCCCCUCUCAGUAGUUUAUCCCCACCUUACUGGUCUAUAGGUGUCAAAUUGAUUAAGACUAGGUUAAAAAAAAAAAAAAAAGGAACAAAACCACAAUACGAUCACUAGAAGUUUAUUAUGAUAAGAGUUAGACAGAAAAACUAUACGAUCAUCAGAGGUCUAACGUACUAAAGGCUAUGCAUGAAUACUGCUGGUCUGCUGUUUCUUUGUUUUCUUGUGUUGCAGGUAUGUGUAUAUGCCAUGACGGCUCAUAAGCAGCACCUCAGAUAUCCAUGAACAACCUUCAUGAAGAGAGAGUCAUCUGAGCAACUCGGAGUUGCACAACGACAAAGAAUCAUCUGAGCAACUUGGGACAAACAUGGAAAUGCAUUGGAAAUGGACUCUACAGGGAACAGACUCCACAGCUAUUCAGGCACCAUGGACUUUUAGGACUUCCAGGCUUAUGCUACAUGGUUUUCUGUGUCAUCAUGUAGUUUAUACAACAUAUUACCACCCUGCGUUGUAUAUGUGUGUCAACAGUUUACUCAAGUUAAAGAACAACACUUAUGUAAAUGUUGGACACGACAUAGAAUAAGAUGUAUGUGCCUGUAUCUGUUACAAGUUACAUGACUGGAAGAUGGGACUUAUGUUAACAAACAUAGGUUAAAGAAGGGAUUUAAGAAGGUUUAAAUUUGUAUUACGUGAGUUAUUAGAACUCUCAAAGGGGGGACUGUGGGAUUACUUAUUUAAGAAUCUGUUUAAGAUCUGCUGAUCCUACAUCCUGACAUAACCUCACAUGAAAUACUAAGGUGAAGUAUAUUGUAUUUAACAUUUUGAGGUAAAGAUAAUGACAAUUUAAGGAGAUCAAGGCAGGCAGCCCAGGUGUCUGUAACAUUAACCUUUUGUCUUCAUGCACUUCCUGACCAUUUGGCAGGACAAGCUCAAGAUACAGCGGUGCCUUUGUCUCUAUGAUAAUGUAAAGGUAUGGGCCAUACUGUCAGACUGAGUGGAUUAGCACCUAUGCAUUUGAAUGACACCGUUAUGCUGAUUAGAUCAUGGCUGGGAAAUGUAGAGAAUGGGCUGAUUCCUGCACUGCAUUUGCAUGCUUUGUUUAGAUUGUCUCCACCUCUACUGUAUGUAUCCCUCCCCCUUGAAUGUAUAUAAACUACAAUGUACACUGCCUUAGUUGGACUUGGAUGACUACAGCGACGCACAGCGUGUUUCUCAAUAAAGAGUAACUUCUGCUUGAAAGAUA